AGUAGAAGCGCGACUGGACAGGGGCCGGGAGGCACAGGCAGGAAAGCAAAUUGGAGAUAUCUAUCUUGUCCUCCCAGCGCGUCUUUGAUGUGUCCUCCCAGGAGCGGAAGUGUCUGGGAUUCCGCUCAACCCAUCGCUCCAAACCAGGCGUUUUGCACAGGGAGACGGCAGCGUUUGUGCAUCUCUUCCCAGCAGAAGGGGAGCCCUUUUGAGCGUCGCUGCGCGCCACUGGAAAUGCUCUUUGAGGUCUGCGCAAUAGCCGCGGACGCCUGCCUGGACACGGGAGGGGAUUAAGUUACUGCUGCUGGCGGCGGAUUAUUUUAGUGGCCUCCUGUCACGCCUGCCUCUAGCCUUUGGUGAUCCUGUUUCCAAUUAAGAACGAUCGCUGAAGAAGAAGAAGAAAAAAAAAACAGGGAGGAUGUCUUUCCGUAGAGGCGUGGUCCGGCAGAGCAAGUUCCGCCACGUCUUCGCUCAGGCCUGGCGGGCCGAGCACUGCCUCGACGACGUCAGGGUGUCCCGGGUGACGUGGGACGGCCCGCUCUGCGCGGUCAACCCCAAGUUCAUCGCGGUCAUCAUCGAAGCGGGCGGAGGAGGGGCCUUCCUCGUUGUUCCGAUCAGCAAGAGCGGCAGAAUCGACCAGUCCUCCCCCACGGUCUGCGGACACGCGGCGCCCGUGUUGGACAUCCAGUGGUGUCCCCAUGACGACAACAUCAUUGCAAGUGCCUCAGAGGACUGCACAGUGAAGGUGUGGCAGAUCCCCGAUGGUGGGCUGACCAGCCCGAUGACUGAGCCGAUGAUGACCCUGGAGGGCCACAGUAAACGAGUGGGAAUCCUGGCUUGGCACCCAUGUGCCUUCAACAUCCUAUUAACUGCAGGCUGCGAUAACGUGGUUUGUGUGUGGAAUGUGGGCACUGGCGAGCUUGUGUACCAGCUCUUUGACGCCCACCCAGACCUGAUCUACAGCGUCAGCUGGAACAAGGAUGGCAGUGCUGUGUGUACGGUGUGCAAGGACAAGGCCCUGCGCAUCAUCGACCCGCGCAGGGGCGCCAUCCUCAAGGUUAGAGAGAAGGUCCAUGAUGGUACGAGGCCCAUGAGAGCCGUGUUCCUCGCUGAUGGAAAAAUCCUGACCACAGGCUUCAGCCGUAUGAGUGAAAGGCAGCUCGCUUUGUGGGACACAAAAGAUCUCUCUGAGCCGAUGGCGGUACAAGAAAUGGAUACAAGUAAUGGAGUUCUUCUUCCCUUUUAUGAUCCUGACACGAACAUGGUCUACCUCUGUGGAAAGGGGGAUUGUACCAUCCGGUAUUUUGAAGUGACAGACGAGUCCCCCUACGUUCACUUCCUCAGUUUAUACAGCAGCAAGGAGCCACAGAGAGGCGCAGGGUUUCUCUGCAAAAGAGGUGUGGAUGUCAACAAGUGUGAAAUUGCCAGGUUCUAUAAGCUGCAUGAAAGGAAAGUGGAACCUAUUUCAAUGACUGUACCACGCAAAUCGGAUCUCUUCCAGGGAGACCUUUAUCCAGACACUGCAGGCGUGGAGCCGGCUCUGCUGGCCGAGGAAUGGAUCGCCGGACAGGACGCGCCACCUCUGCUCGUCUCCCUGAGUGGAGGGUACGCAGCCCCUCCGUCCAAACACAGAGACACCCUCAGAAGCAAGCCCAAGCCGAGCUCUCAGGAUUCUGGGGCCGCAACUGUAGCAGCUUCCCCCACACCGCCAUCUGCCGCCAAGGAAGCGGAAGAAGAGACGCCGCAGCCACGAGUGACUGCAAGGGAGUCAGAUGGAAACACAGAGAGGCCUAGGAGAGAGGAUGAAAUGUUGAGCGAAUUGCUCGCAGAGAUGAAGGCCUUACGAGCCGUCGUGCUCGCUCAGAACCAGAGGAUUGAGCUUCUGGAGAGGCAGCUAACCCGGAUUGAAGAUGGUGACGUGUGAGGAGGCAAAAAAAAAAAAAAAAAAGACCACAAGAGACCGCAUUCCUGAAGAAAACUAUAGACUGUAGCCUUACUAGUCUUAACAAUACCUUAAUGCUUUGUGAGUGUGGAAACCUUGUGUAAAGAUUGUGAAUCAAUGUGGCUUCCAGCUGCUACGAUUAAGAGUGCAUUUUCCAGAUGAAGUUUUUUUUGGUAAUAGGGUGUCAUCUGCAUAGAGUGAAACUCGGAGCAAAACUGAAGGAUCUUGUAGCAGUUAUUGGAUGGUGCAACUUUUGAGCUUUUUAAGAUGAAUGCUUCAGUUCUGCGAGACUGCAGGAGUUACAGUGAAAUAACUCACUCAAAUUAAUGCAGAAGGUAACAAUAAGCAUACUGCGAAAAUUUUGCUAAAAGUUGCCAUUUUAUUGCAACGCAAUUAAUUACCUCCAGUAUGUGUUUUUGUCUUACUGUCUCGGACAUUUAGACGUGUCACCUCUAGGGCUUAUUGUUCAGGUAGUUUAUGCUGCAAAACCAAGUCAAGUCAAGGCCCGACCUUUUUUUUUUUUUUUUUUUUUGUGACUUGCACUUCAUUUUUCCUCUCUCUAGUUUGCUCCGUUCAAACGUGUGAACCUAGAAUCUCCAUAUUCAACAGUGAGAACUGUUUGAGUGAUAGGUGGUGAGAAUGUUGUGGAAUAUUUGUCUGUAGAUUUAUUCCAUGUUGUCGCUGCAGUAAACAAAAAUGUCAAGCGCUAGUGAUUUUGUAUAUUAAACGAGGAAAACGGCGGUGUUUUGUGGAUCACUAUAAGGUAAUGCGACUGAUUGAUAUCACACAUAUGCAUUUAUAACUGUUUCAGUAACAAGGAAACGGACAAAUUAACAUGAAACGUAACAUUUGUCUCCAUUUGCAGCAGAGUACGUAUCUGUGUUGAAAUAUGUAAAGCACUUUUAGUUUUGUUGCUUUAAUUUUAAUUGUAAGUUUUUUUUUUAAAUGUUCUUUAUUUAGAGGCAUUAUGGUGUAAUUUAUGUAGCAGUCAGUUGUAGGAUAACAAUGUUACAUUCCUGUUUAGCCCUUUAAUACUCUAAUUCUUUAUGCACUGACCUCUUAACACUGUUACGAACAACAGGUUUACCUAGACUACAGUGUGAAGAACGACUAAACUUUGUUUCAUAUUUCGUGCUAAAAAGCCUUUGAUUUAUACACUAAUGUUUCCCUAAUGUUCAAGUGUUUGAGAUCAGCUCUAGUCCUGAUAACUUCGAACAUUGUGUUUGAGUGGUUUAAUAGGUAAAAAUUUGAUGAAUGGACUUUGUUUUUAAUCCAACUUGUCAAUCUAAAUAAAAUAUCCCACACACUA